AUGGAGUCAGAGCCCAUUUACAACCUGCUGCAGCUCCCAAAGGAGGUGGCUCAGCCCACGGAGGAGGAGCUCCCACGAGGAGGAAAGAAGAAAUACCUGUCUCCCAAUUCCCGGAGGGACCCCAAGUUUGAAGAACUGCAGAAGGUGCUGAUGGAGUGGAUCAACACCACACUCCUCCCAGAGCACAUCGUGGUCCGAAGCCUGGAGGAGGACAUGUUUGAUGGGCUCAUUCUGCAUCACCUGUUCCAGAAGCUGUCAGCCGUCAAGCUGGAAGUGGAGGAGAUCUCCCUGACCUCAGCCAGCCAGAGGCGCAAGCUAGGAAUCAUCCUGGAGGCCACCAACCGGAGUCUGCAGGUUGAAGAGCAACAGGCCAAGUGGAGCGUGGAGACCAUCUUCAACAAAGACCUGUUGGCCACCUUGCAUCUCCUGGUGGCCCUGGCAAGACGCUUCCAGCCGGACCUGUCCCUCCCAGCCAAUGUCCAGGUGGAAGUCAUCCACAUUGAGAGUACCAAGAUGGGCCUGAAGUCAGACAAGUUGGUGGAACAGCUCACAGAAUCCAACUCACACAAGGACCAGCCUUCACAGGACGCCUUUGAUGAAUUAUUUAAGCUGGCUCCAGAGAAAGUGCAUGCCGUCAAAGAGGCCAUCAUGAGCUUUGUCAACCAGAAGCUGGAGUGCCUGGGCUUGUCUGUGCAGAGUCUGGACACCCAGUUUGCAGAUGGCGUCAUCCUACUCCUGCUGAUCGGACAGCUGCAAGGCUUCUUCUUGCAUCUGAAGGAAUUCUAUCUCACUCCAAGCUCUCCCACAGAAAUGUUGCACAAUGUCACUCUAGCCUUGGAGCUGCUCAAGGAUGAAGGCCUGCUGAGCUACCCUGUCAACCCUGAAGAUAUUAUAAACAAGGAUGCCAAGAGCACACUGCGGAUACUCUACAGCCUAUUCCAGAGGCAUGCAUUGAGGGCAGAGGACAGACAUGGUACCCCAAAUUAGUCACCUCUUCCUCCUCAUGCCAUUUCUCAGGACCCUGCCGCCUUUGAAGGACCCAGCAGUCCCUAAUGCCCAUGCCACAGCCUUGUUACUGUGGGCUGGUGACAUGUUCCUUCCCACAUCUGUCCUGCUCACAUGUUCACCUUUGACCCACCAAAUGAGCGCUUGUUUUGAGACCACCUCUGCUUUGCUCAGUUUAUUUUGACAGAAUUGUAUUUCAGUGGGGGCGGGGAAGGGAGGCUCUGCAUGCCAAUGGGCUCCUCAGUGAGCCUUUAACUGAGGUAAAAAGAGUUUGGUUCUCAGGCUAGACCACCCUUCAACAGCCCCUAGUCUGUCUACCAGGGCUAUACUUAGACAGUUAGCGGCUGCCCAUCCCCCACAAAGAUGGCAUCAAGGCUAAUGUCCUUAGGCUGUGGCCUCAGUGAACUCAGUUUCUGGCUGUCUACCUCCCACUUGGGGUGAUGAACCCAGGAUUGUCAUGCAAAGACUGGAGCCCCAUGUAGGAGAAGUGCAUUCAGUUUCUUGUCAGAGGAC